AUGGCAAAACAACUAAUGGCACAGACGUUUGAAUUCGUCACCUUUGAAGAUGCGCAUCGGGCCCGUAGCUAUGCUAUGCGGCAGUCAUGGCGCAAGAGGAAGCAAAAGAUCCUUCAACACCAAGAAGGGGAAGAAAAGAGCAGGAAAAAUUGUCAUGGACAAAAGUCGAAGCAAAAGCCGAGACAAAGAGCUCUGGUCGCUAAAGCAUCUCCUAAACACGAGUCGAUGGACUUGGAUGACGGCUCCACGGCCUCGACAGUGAAGGAUGUUGAUUCCAUGGACAUUGAGGCGACAGAACUUAAUAGCUCAAGCGAAGAGUCCGAGGUACUCAAUAUUAAUGAUAACGCAAUAUGCAUCCCCUACGAUUACGACCAAUUACUUGACUUGUCCGACCAAGACAUGCAAGAUCUCGAUGCCUUCUGGCAAGACGACCUAAUGAACAAAUAUUACAACGAAAUUAUAUCUGAAGAAGCUCCCAUACUGGCUAUGGAUUACAUACUAUCGCCACUCGCUAUAGAUCCUUUCGACACGUUUCCAAUCCGUCUGACAACCAGACACCACGAACUGCUUCACCACUGGCUAACAUCCCACGCCGCCAUGAUGUUCGACACGGAUACCCCCUCAUCACUUAACCUCAACUUUAACCCGAUGCGUGACGUCUGGUUUCCGUUGGAUUUAUCAAACGCAGCAUCCUUUUAUGGUAUGAUGGCGCAUGCGGCGGCCCAUCUAGCUUAUCUUCACGGCCAAAAAGAUGCUGUCGAAGUCCUCAAAUACAAAUCCGAGGCUGUCUCAUUGAUUAAUCACUGGAUGCAGGAUGAGAAGACGGCGUUGGGUGAUGCAACAUUUGCGGCUGUUGUGAGGUUACUUAGUUUUGAGAGGUAUUGGGGUACGGAGGCAGUCUGGCGCAUUCAUCGCGAUGGACUGGAUAGAAUGAUUCAAGCGCGGGGGGGAUUAGCAUCGCUGAAGCAGAAUUGGCGAUUAGGGCUGGUACUACAGUUAAUAUCAUUAAUGUCGAAACCAUCGUGGUUCUAUCCCUCCAACAACAUAUCCGAAAUAUCAGACUCCUUCAGCUAUCUUCGCAUCUCAGGACAAAGCACCCCUCUGCUCGAGCCUACUACCACCGCAGGCAUCCGCAUUCACAGCCACAGCAACUCCAAGAACUCCGAAAUCUCAAAACUCCGCUCCUUGUGGCUCAUUUCUUUUGUUCAAGACAUGCGAAGUCUAAUGGCUAAUUCGAGCAAUCUCCAAUCCGUGGGUUUACGACAUUACCACUCCAUCUACGAAGCCAUCACAAUCUUGCGGAGCUCGUUUCUGGAUAGUAUGCGGAAUGGAGACCAUGCGUUGGCGAAUGUCUAUGAACAUGAUCGUAUUGCAUGUUUGUUCUAUAUUGGCAUUAUGAUUCAGGAAUGCGUUUCGUCAAAGUACCAUAAUACGAUUGCCACCACUGCGACAAGCGCCACCGACAACAACAACAACACCGUCCCAAUUUCUCCUUCCAGUCUACCAAUGUGUACCGUCGGCGUUGAAGUAGACGAAAAAUCAUACGACCGCCUUGCAACCCUCGAUAAAGCAAUGCAUGACCACAAAUCGAUCUGGAUGGCGUCAAUCCCGCAACUGGAAGGGUUUCUGUUGAAUCAUUUCAUGAACCAUUUGGGGAAUGUAAAUAGGGCAGAGUAUGUGCUGCAUAUGACCGAGGUGUUGACAUCCUUGAGUCGGGAGGCCAGGAAUGGUGUUGAAAGGUGUUUGUUGGCUAUGUUUGGGGGGAGGUUUGACAAUAUUGGGGCGGUGGGCAGUACCGGGACUGUUACUGAAGUUGAUAGGGAGUGGACGGUUGAUGAGUUAUUGAUGUCUAUUCAUGGUGGUUGA